AUGGGUGUUCACAAAUUGUUGAACGCAUCUCGCCCCGUUUUCGCAAUGUUGGCUGUCCAAGUUAUUGCCGCCGGAUUGCAAAUUCUCAGCAAAGUUAUUAUCGAUCAAGGCACCUUCAUUUUUGCACUCAUGACCUACCGCCAUCUCGUCGCCGCUCUCUGCGUUGCACCCUUUGCUUUCUUCUUCGAAAGAAGUAACGCAUACAAGUUGUUGAGCCCCAUGGUUCUGUUUUGGCUCUUUCUCAGUGCCUUCACCGGGAUAACAGCGGCUAUGGGACUGUACUACUAUGGUCUACGAGACACCACAGCUACUUAUGCUACCAACUUCCUCAACUUAAUUCCCGUGCUCACUUUCGUCAUCUCCUCCAUCCUUGGGAUGGAAAAGGUGAGCUUGAAGAGCAGAGCAGGGAAUUUAAAGAUAAUGGGGGCAUUUUUGGGUGUUGUGGGAGCAUUAAUUACGUGUCUUUACAAAGGAAAAGGAUUCCACAUUGGUCAUCAUGUUGUUGUCCAGCAACAGCAUGUCGCCGUCCAUAAGGCUCACUGGGGACGAGGCACCCUCCUGCUUCUUGGAAGCUGCUUCUCCUAUGCUACUUGGUUUGUUGUCCAAGUGAAGUUGCUCAAAGUGUUUCCAUAUAAGUACUUAGCGACCAUGCUAACAUGCAUCAUAGCAUGCAUUCACUCGACGCUUAUUGGCUUGUUCCUGGACACCGACAAGGCCGCUUGGAAGUUGGGUUGGGAUCUGCAGCUUCUCACCAUUUUAUACUCUGGAGCAUUGGCGACAGCAGCUACUUUUUGCUUAGUGGCAUGGGCAGUUUCAAUCAAGGGACCAACUUUCCCUCCCAUGUUCAACCCCCUGCCUCUAGUUUUUGUGGCAAUCUUAGAAGCCAUCAUACUUGGCGAGGAGAUCAAAGUGGGCAACAUACUUGGGGCGGUUGUGAUGGUAGCGGGGCUCUACUGUUUCCUGUGGGGUAAGGCAAAGGAGAUGAAGGAAUUAUCGCAUCUCCCAAAAGCAGCUGCUGCGGUGACAGUUGAAGCAGCAACAGCAACUUCACAACCUGCGCGGCUGCACUCGGCAGCUGUAGUGCCAAGCGCUUCACCAACUCACCAACAUCAUAAUAAUGCUCCAAUUUCUGGUGCUGAUCUAGAACAAGGCUUCAUCAAAAGAAACCCCUGA